AUUAAAGAUAAUGGACAUUGAAUUGUACUUACAAGGUCGUUCAUAAAGACCUUGUCUCCUGGUCUUUCCGCGCAUUGUUUUGUUAUAUUGGUGCAGGGUCGUACAGACUUGUCAUAUUCCACUUUAUAAUUCACAAAAAUGCUCCAAGGAUUAAUUAAAGGUGCCUUACGAUGCAACAGGUCCGCCAUUUCGAACUUGGUAUUUCGUGGAUAUGCAGCUCAAGUUCAGCGUCCGGCUCCUGAUUUUUGUGGAAUGGCAGUAGUAGAUGGCCAGUUUAAGGAGAUUAAACUUCAAGACUAUGCUGGGAAAUACUUAGUCCUGUUUUUCUAUCCUCUUGACUUCACUUUCGUCUGUCCAACCGAAAUUAUUGCAUUUUCUGACCGAAUUGAUGAAUUCAAGAAGGAAGGAGCUGAAGUUGUUGGUGUUUCAACUGAUUCUCACUUCAGCCAUCUCGCCUGGAUAAACACACCACGUAAAGAAGGAGGUUUAGGAGGUUUACGUUACCCGCUUCUUGCAGACUACAAAAAGCAAAUAACUCGUGACUACGGAAUUCUUCAUGAGCAAUUAGGUGCUGCAUUCCGUGGACUCUUCAUCAUUAAUCCUGAAGGUAUAAUCCGUCAGAUUACUAUCAAUGAUCUUCCUGUUGGAAGAUCUGUUGAUGAAGUGUUGAGGCUGGUCAGAGCAUUCCAGUUUACUGACAAACAUGGCGAAGUAUGUCCAGCAAAUUGGCAACCAAAAGAUCCUACAAUCAAACCAGAUUUAGUAAAAUGCAAAGAAUACUUUGAGAAAGUCAACUAAAUUUAUUGCAUGUAGUGUUUGGAGUCAUUAUAGACGAAAUGCAUGCUUCAAUUCACCUGAGCAUACAUAUCGUUUUGAUUUAAUGCCCAUCACUAAUACACACAUAUACAUACAUACAUAUACACAAAUGUUUCGUUGUUUCUUCUCUUAUAUUUCUUGAUAAUAAUUAGAAAAUACAGAUUUUUCUUGAGAA